AUGGACACUCAGACACUCUAUCUCAAGCCAGAGGCAUUCAAGAACGGGGGGGCUCCCAGGUGGGCUGCCACCGGCAGGACACUCGCCGCAGCCCUCAGCCCAGCCGCCGGUGAGGCUGCCAUAUGGGUAUCCAAAAAGCCUUCAGAUAGCCCAAAUGGCAUCGAAAAGCUCCCAGAUGCUUCUCUCUCUCUAUCUGACGAGACAAUACUAUUCACCUCCCUCAAUUCAUUCUCCCAGCCCCUCACCCAUCUCUACACUGAAUCGCACCUCCUCUUCACCUCCUUGCAGCAAAUAUUUGCCGACUCGGGCAGAUGGCGGCUGUCCUCUGUGGGUGUAGGCAUGGGUGGAGGAGCCGAUGCGUGGGAUGGGAAGGGCAAUUUUGGCGUCCAAGAUCUGUUGGGACCACCUGAUGCCGAGACCGUCAUCAACAUGAGAAGACUGGCGGACCUGUAUCUGGACCAGCUGGGCGAUCUUAAACAGAUUCCUGACAUUGACGACUCACUACGGGAACGCUUCGCUGAAGCCUACAACAUUCUCAACCUCGCCGAGAUCCUCUAUCUUCCAGUAGACGGCAAAGGCGAAGGCUUUAUCGGAGAAGAGCUUCUUGACUGGGUCAAUGAGGUCGAUGUGGCCCCCGACAACCAGCUCGGUAACGAGAUCAUGUCUUGUCAACAUGCUUGGGAACAUCCCUCGUUCUGGCCGUACAUCUCUCGCUCCGUGUUACGAGGCUUCCACCUUCCAGCAGCUUCGUUCCUCCGGUCUCUCUCCUCUCACUCACACCAGCCAGUCCAGAAAUUGGCUUCGUUACUCGCCCAGCACCUUUCCAUCUUUCCAAGAUCCUCUGAAACUCGCUGGAGAGUCGACCUCGAGUUUCUCCAAGCGCACAGGCAGUGGCUCUCCAGAUUCCGUUCCGAGCUCGCUACCCAUCUCGGGGGUAAAGGCAAGGGCAAAUGGUUUGAGGGCAUACAGGAUGGUCAAAAGUGGGAAGGCGACUUUAGAUCUGUGGUGGAAUUGAUGGAAGGCAAGAUGGAGAGGGUAUUGGAAGAAUCGGGAGACUGGAGAGAAGCGCUCGGGGCGUGGGGCGUACUGGUUGAUGUGGAUCUCCGAAGAGAUCACCUUCCUGAAAUCAUGGGUCUCAUUACCGAAAAGAUCCCAGUAGAGACAUCCAUCCAAGAGCACGUCGUCGAAUCAGCCCUCUGCUCUGCCGACGUCAUCAAAGCCCUCAUGGCAUCCUACUCGCUCGACCCCUGGCUCUCGGCCCACUUGUCCGACCUCCUCGAUAAACUGUCCCUCAUCCCCGACGAUGAGGAGCAUUUCGACAUUUCCCUGCGCGACUUUUUCCUGCUCGAGUAUGCCCAGGUGCUACAGACACACCCCGCGCACAAGGCUUUCUGGAGAGUCACCUGCGACUAUUUGGCGUUUGCUGGUGAAGAAGGACGAGGUCGGCUGAAAGAGCACCUGAGGCGCAUUGACAUCCCCUUGGAAAGGGAUAUCAAGGGCAAGAACAAAGAGACACCCGUCCACGCCGACGUAGGGAUGGACGUGGAAGUUACUCCUGCUGAAACUCAACCCGAGUCUAUCAAGCUCCUCGAUGAAGUCCGCUCCGCAUGUACCGAGUUUCAACUCGACGAUGUUUGGCGCGAAAUCAGUCAAGUGCUGGCUACGCGCUUGGUGCAUGCUAGGCAGUACGGGAUGGCGGCGACCUUGGCGUUGAUGGCGAGGGAUGGUUUCGCCUUGUCCAGGAUUGCGGAGAAGGUCUUGCAGUCGUUCGUUGACGAAGGCCCCGAAGAGUAUCUCGCCCUGGUCGACACACUUCCCCCGACCCUCCUUUCUGAAGCCCCCACAGCCCUACUCCAACUCCAAGAAUCCGCCUCCGCUCCCCUCUCCUUCCCCUCUUCCAAUUCCAUCAGCGUUUUCGCUUCCCGCAUCACCUUCCUGUCUGAGUUUAGGGACUAUAUUUUAUUCUUGGGACAGGACGGAGGGAGGGAGCAAGCAGCUGGAAAGGUGGUAGCGCUGUUGACUAGUGGCAUCGCACCGACGGGCUUCUGGGGUGUCUUGUUGGUGGAGAGUAUCUCUUUGCUCGAGGACCCAGAGAUCCUGUUCUCCACAAACGAGACAUUUGAGCUCCUGCGUAUCCUGGAAGAAGUCAUCACCAACGCCUCUUUCGCCGAAGAAGAAUACCUCGGCCAGAUUGCCUUGUACCUCGACCAUCGCUCGCCAAAGCAAGAGCAGGGGAGUAAGAGUGGGAAGGGCAAGGCGACGACGCACGAUGCGAGGAGAAAGUUGGAAGAAGCCAGGCUUGCGCUGAGUAGGAAUCUGGCGAGGGCGAUGGUGUCGGGGCUUGACUAG